AUGGUCCAGGAACUAAGUCUCGUUUCGACAAUCAACAAAAAGGAAUUCAACUUUGUCAUCAACAGUCUCAUUGCCCUAACUGGCCAAAAACCACGAAGCUUGACUAAUGAAAAUAUCAUUUAUAGCCCCAUCAUCAACCUCAAGUACUUGCAGUCAAAGCAAGCCAUUAAUAACUCAGUGAAUCUCAACCAAAUAGAACAACAUCUUGUGAAAAUCAGAAGAAGCUGGCAGAUGUAUUCCCCCGGAAAGAAAAACCCUAAUGUCGUGGUCAAUGAAAUUCUAAGUAAUGAUAAUCAAUUGUUCAUGAAGAAAGUUGGGGCAGGGGAUGUAAAAUUGGGAGAGCGAGAUACCACUAAUGAUGGCGAAAAUCAAUAUAGUUUUCAAAUCAGUGAUAUUCCUGCUGCGGGAAAGCGUAAAGUGUCGUCGCAGACAAUAUAUGAGGUGAACAUCAAGCAAAGUGCAACAGCGUUGAGAUCUUACAUGAUGAACUUAGGGUACGUUGAAAAGCAGCGGUUUUUGAUAAAGGGCUUGAAGUUUUUGUACAACGGGGUGGUGAACAUUGAAAUAUUCCAGGUGUUUGCCAUUGAUGCGACCGAUGGGAAGACUGUGGUUCAAAUCAUUGAUGGCUCCGAAAACUGGUUCUUAAAAGCUUAUGUUAACGUGGCCAAGAUCACCGAUAUUUCGUUGAUCAAUAAAGCUUCCAGCGAUCUAGCAUUGUUACAAAAGAAUGUGGGGAACUUGAUCAAGCUAAAGAUUCCUGAUAGAGGAUUGAUGGACUCGAGAAUCAAUGACAAUUUAUGA